CCGAAGGUGUCAACUUGCUCGCGAUCUCCUCCAACGUGUUCUCCAAAAGUGAUCACGCACUAUCGCACGCACGCACGCACUCUCGAUUCUCCCUUUUCGUCCUCUUCUCGCGCGUUCGUCCUCUCUUCUCCGCGGGUUCGACGAUCUUGUGGAAACGGACCGCUCAGUGAAAAGUUUGAAGGACAUUCUUUCUCCUUAGACCCGAACGGGGAGACUCGUAACUAGUUCGAGCCUGGCACGUGACAUUCUUCAGUUGGUGACGACUAUCAUGCUGGCCGGGAUCUUUGAGGACAACAAUGAGGAAGCUGAAUCGACGUAACGCUCCACGCCAGGAUGGCCGGUUGGCCGUUCAGCACCGCGCUGCUGUUCAGCAUCCUCAUCCUUGUUCGCGGACGAGGAGUGGUGCUGGACAGUCAAGGGCCGGUGCUGGUCUCGGAACCGCGCUCGAGCGUGGAGUUUUCGAACGACACCGGGGCGAUGAUCCACUGCUCGGCCCACGGCAGUCCCUCGCCGAGGAUCGACUGGCUGAUGGGCGACGGCUCGCCGGUCCUACCGAUACCGCAUAUCCGUGAGAUGCUGAUGAACGGCUCCAUGUAUUUCUUGCCGUUCGGCGCCGAGAGCUACCGACACGAUGUGCACUCGGCCGUCUAUCGGUGUCAGGCAUCGAACAGCGUCGGCAAAGUGCUCGGCCGUGAAAUCACGGUGAAGGCCGUGGUACGCCAGAAGUACGAGGUACAAGUGCGGGACGCCUAUGUCCUGGCGGGUAACACCGGAGUGCUCAGAUGCGAGAUACCGGCCUUCGUCAAAGAGUACGUCGCGGUCACGUCCUGGUUAAAGGACUCGGCCUUUAACAUUUACCCGUCCGCGGAGAGCGGUGAGAAACACCACAUGCUGCCCACCGGAGAGCUACUCGUCUUUUCCGUGGCUCCCGCUGAUGCCCACUCGACCUAUCGAUGCCGCACCGUUCACCACGUCACCGGUGACACCGUGGAAAGUUCUUCGUACGCCAGGCUCGUAGUUACCGAACAUCGCAACUCGUCACCGCCACGAUUCAACGAACGAAUGAAUCCCGCACCGAUCCGCACCGGCGAGACGAUCGUGCUAUUGUGCAUCUCGCAGGGUAACCCGCCGCCGACGUAUCUCUGGUUCCGCGAGUCCGUGUCGGGCACGACGAUGGUCUUCAAUUCGGAGAGGAUACACGCGCGGGCUGGCGUGCUGGUGCUACAACCGGCCCGCGUCGAGGAUGCCGGCAGAUAUGUCUGCCACGCGAACAAUACCGCCGGUUCCGAGCGGGUCGUGCUGGAAGUCACCAUCGUAAGCAGCCUCUCCAUCCAUCUUGCGCCUCAACAGGUGACUGUGGAUCUGGGGAAGGAUGCAGAGUUUCAGUGUUCCGUCACUGGUCAGCCACAUCCGGUAAUCUCGUGGGCGAAGGACGGUCUUCCUAUUCGCGAAGGAUCUUCGGGUAGGAGCAAAAUUACGGGUAACGAUGACUCGACAUUGCGAAUAUCUUCUAUCGUGCGGGACGACAAAGGGAUGUAUCAGUGUUUCGCCAAAAACGACUACGAGAUGGUGCAAGCCACGGCCGAAUUGCGUUUGGGAGAUGCAGCGCCUCAACUUCUAUACAAGUUUAUCGAGCAGACGAUGCAGCCAGGUCCCUCGGUGUCGCUCAAGUGUAUCGCGAUGGGCAACCCUACGCCGCAUUUCUCCUGGACACUCGAUGGGUUUCCUCUUCCACAAAACGAUAGAUUCAUGAUAGGCCAGUACGUGACGGUGCACGGCGACGUGAUAUCCCAUGUGAACAUAAGCGCGGUGCGGGUGGAGGACGGCGGCGAAUACAGGUGCUCGGCGGUGAAUCGCGUCGCAAAGGUGCAUCACGAGGCCCGGCUCAAUAUUUAUGGGCUGCCUCAUGUGCGACCGAUGGGAAACUACGCCGCCGUGGCUGGGGAGACGACCGUCAUCAAGUGUCCCGUCGCGGGCUUCCCGAUCGCCAGUAUUACCUGGGAGAAAGAUGGUCAAAUAUUACCGACCAGCCGUCGUCAGGAUGUGUCCACGAACGGUACUCUGGUGCUGCAUCGGGUUGACAGCAGCACCGAUCGCGGUGCGUACACGUGCACCGCGAAGAACAAGCAAGGCCGCUCCGACUCGCAAACCAUUCACAUCGAAGUCAAAGUACCACCUAAAAUCGAUCCGUUUAGCUUUCCCGACAAUAUCCAGGCGGGCGCGCGGGUCCACGUGACCUGCGCGGUCAGCGAGGGUGACUCGCCCCUGAAGAUCACCUGGCUGAAGGACGGCAGGCCGUUGAAGCCGCGGGAGGCCACCACGCAUCAGAUCGGCGAGUUCGAUCUCGCAUUGAGGAUACAGAGCGCGUCGACCGCGCAUAACGGCAACUAUACUUGCGUGGCGAGCAACGACGCCUCCAGGACAUCCCGCACAGCAUCCCUCCUGGUCCAUGUUCCGCCCACCAUAGCUCCCUUUAGCUUUAAGAAGGACCUGUCGGAGGGCCUGCGAGCCCAGGUGACCUGCAUGGUCGAGAAGGGCGAUCCGCCGUUCACGAUCAUCUGGUCGAAGGACGGCGAGCCGAUUUCCACCCCCGGCACGGCCGCCGCCGUCGCCGUCGUAAACGAUCCCCGACACCACUCGCAGACACCCCCUGGGCUGCGCGUAACCAACAUUGACGGUCAUUCCAGCGCCAUAGUUAUCGAGCGCGUCACCGCCGCUCACACCGGCAACUAUACUUGCCUGGCGCGCAAUUCGGUGGCCGAGGUCCUCUGGACGGCCGAGUUGAUCGUUCGUGUACCCCCUCGCUGGGUGGUGGAGCCGCAGGAUGCCCGCGCGUCGGAGGGGAUGCCCCGAUUGAGCCUGCAUUGCCACGCUGACGGGUUCCCGCCACCGCUGGUCACGUGGCGGCGAGGUAGCGGCAGGAAACCGGGCGAUUAUCACGAUAUAGCCAGCCACGAGCAUAUGCAGGAUCUGAGGAUACACUCGAACGGCUCGCUGGUGUUCGGCCGAGUGCAGGAGGAUCACGAGGGCUUUUAUCUGUGCGAGGCCGUGAACGGAAUCGGAGCCGGUCUCAGCAAGGUCGUUUACCUCACCGUCAAUGUUCCCGCGCAUUUCGUGGAAAAGCAUCGCAAUCAGACCGCGAGACUAGGCUCGAACGCUUCGCUGCGCUGCGAGGCAAAGGGUGACCAUCCGUUGAAGAUAGCCUGGAAGAAGGCCAGCUCCCAGUUGGAUCCGAAGCUCCCGGACUAUCGUUACACCCUGAAGGAGGACAAUACCACGGACGGAGUCGUCAGCGUUCUCGGCUUCAUCAGUACCAGCCGCGAGGAUAGCGGCAGGUACUUUUGUAUCGCGUCCAACACUUACGGUCGCGACGAGAUGACGAUUCAUCUUUAUAUCCAAGAGCCGCCAGAUUUUCCACGGAAUCUUCACGUGAUCGAGAAAGGCAGUCGCCAUAUCAAUCUGGGCUGGACAACCAGUCAAGAUGGGAACAGUCCGAUUACCCAAUACAUCAUCGAGUAUAAAACCGAAUCAGAGGUAUGGCAUGAUCACACGUUUCAUACGACGGUGCCGGGCACACGUGCUCGCGGCCACGUGAGCGGUCUGCGGCCAGCUGUCACUUAUCAGUUCCGGAUGUAUGCGGACAACGAACUGGGUCGGAGUCAAGCGAGUGACAUUUUAGAGACGACAACGGAGGGGGAGAAGCCCGGCGGACCACCGCGAAAUCUCAAAGUGGAUCCCAUCAGCUCGACCGAGUUUAACGUCACCUGGGAUCCGCCCGAUCAUGAUUUAUGGAACGGCGAGAUACUCGGUUAUCACGUCGGCUACAAGGAACAUAGGCUGGGAGCGGAGCAAUACACGUACAAAACCGUGGAAAGACGGAUCUCGACGGCGAGUGUCGCCCUCGGUUUAGCAAGGACGUCUAUGCCCGGACGACAGCAUCACUUGACGAACUUGAAGAAGUUCACGCGUUACAGCGUGGUCGUUCAAGCGUUCAACGCCCUUGGUCCCGGCCCUAUGACGCAGGAAGUUGUGGCAUCGACACUCGAAGAUGUCCCGAGUAGUCCUCCGCAAGACGUGCGCUGCACCGCACUCUCGUCGACGUCCUUGCAAGUCUCCUGGGACACCCCGCCCGACUCUAGUCUGAACGGGAUCUUGAAGGGUUACAAGGUCAUGUGGGAGAGCACAGACGCUCUGGCGGAAUCGACCAAACCGGAAUUGAAGAACACCAACGCUCUGACGGUGAUGAUCCACGGUCUUGAGAAGUACAUGAACUACUCGGUCCAGGUCCUGGCGUCCACCAGGGCGGGAGACGGCGUUGCCUCGUCGCCCCUUUAUUGCGUGACCGAGGAGGAUCUGCCGGAAGCGCCGGCCAGCAUCAAAGCCGUCGCCAGCUCGGCCACGUCAAUCAUCGUCUCGUGGCAGCCGCCUCUCAAGAGCAACGGCAAUCUCACCGCCUACAACGUGCAUAUUCGAGGAUUGGGACCGGAAAGCAAGUGGCACAGGAGAACCCUGCCGCCGUAUCAGACCAGUUAUCAAGCCGAGGAUCUGCACAAAAGGAGCCAGUACGAAUUCACCGUCGCCGCCGUCACCUCGGUUGGCGAGGGCUCGCAAACCGCGUCCGUCACGAUAUCACCCUCCAGCGAAGUUCGUGCCGCCAUAUAUUCAUUCGGCACCGUGCUCGUCGUGCCGUGGAAGCAAGAUGUCAUGUUACCUUGCGAAAGCGUGGGCAAGCCCGAGCCCUCUAUUAUCUGGAAGCAAUGGGGUCAGAUAGUCAAGCCAUCCGCCAGGGUAUCCCUCCAUAUCAAUGGAUCCUUGCAGAUUGUCGAUCUCCAUAGAGAGGAUAGCGGAAAUUACACUUGCUUCGUGGAGAAUCGCCACGGUUCCGAUCAAAUAACUCAUCGUUUAACCGUACAAGUUCCACCUGCGGUGCCAUUAUUGCACGCGACCAGUACCAGUAGCAACUCCAUCAACGUGCAAUGGAAGAACGGCGACGAUGGUGGUUCACCGAUUCGCGGAUACAUUUUACACUAUAAACGCGAGUCCGGUGAAUGGGAGGAAUUCAAAGUGUCGCACAAAGUUAGCAGCUUCGUCCUGUCGCGGCUCUGGUGCGGCAACAAUUAUCAGAUGUACCUGACGGCGUACAAUCGCAUCGGCAUGGGCAGACCCAGCGAGAUCGUCAAGGCGAUCACGAAGGGCUCGAAGCCGGACGAAUCGCCCGGUACCGGCGACAAGUUUAUCACGGUCAAUGUCUCGUGGAUCACUCUGCACUUAAAUACGUGGAACGACGGGGGUUGCCCCAUAACGUUCUUCGAGCUAGAGUACAGGAAGAACGGCGAGAAUAUUUGGACGCUCGUCUCGAAUAAUAUAGAGGUGCAAAAAACAUAUACUUUGAGCGAGUUGCAGCCGGGGAUUACUUAUGACAUCCGCAUAAGAGCCCAUAACGACGCGGGCUCAUCGGUGGCCGAGUACAAGAUAACGACGUUGCAGCCGCAUAUUAGCACGACUAUGUCCGCCAUCGAGAUCGAUCAUUACAUCCCCCAGCACAAUUACUCGGAUCUGAAGCUCAUCGUACCUCUGGUGUUAAGCUCGUUCGCGGUCAUCGCCGCGGCAGGCGCUGUCUUUUACUGCUUCCGCAAACGUCCUUUUAUGGGCGACAUUGGGAGUUUGCACGACGCUCAAACCGCGGCCGCCUUAGACAAUAAACAGAACAUGGAACAGCGCGAGCAAUAUUACGCUACCGUACGUAAACCGCUUCGUUCGCCGAUACACGAGAUGGCUACGUUAGAAAAAAUCCCAGAAUAUUCGGAAGAUAUCUACCCGUACGCCACGUUCCAGCUGGAGGAGAGCGUUCCUGCUGGAGGCGACAGCCGCUGCAAUUCAGCCGCGCCUCUCCAGACCUUCGUCUAUCACGACCCUCGUCUCUCCACUGCCGAUACCCUUCAGUUACGAGAGUCGGAUUGCAACCGGUACACUAAGGUGCGCGGAGGCCGUUCGUCCUCUGCGCCGUUGCACAAAGCGCACAAGGUCAGUCAGGGCAAGUCCGAGUCGGAGGAGUACGACACCCUGGGCUCGGACAGCGACACGGAAGUCGGGACCAGCAGCCGAACCGAGUCUUCCAAUCACCUCGUCGAUUCGCACCACUCGGCAUCUGCGGCCGACUCGCGCGUCCACAACUUCCUGUACCAUGGACCAGAAUCUAGCACGUCUACAGAACCCUCACCGAUUUUUGAGAGAAAAUCGUUUCCUGGAAGGGGAAGACCCAAGAUGUUACAGCUGGCGCGUUAUACCGGCGAGGAGGCCCGUGCCAACUUCGGGUCAAUCGCCGGGCCUGGCCAUCCCAAGCACCAGUCGGGCAAUUCCUAUGCCAAUCGGGAGCAGGAGCGUGACGGAUCAGGAAACCUGUUCGUCCCCAAGCUGGACCCACCCUCGGGCUUCUCCGACGCGUUUGAGCUAAGCGAGGCCGAAUGCGACUUCGAUCGCGGCCACAACAGCCAACGAAACGUCCGUGACUUUGUAAUCGCGGUGUAAAUACAUGUAAAAGCCUCCGAUGAGAUAUACGAGAACCCCCGUCGUAAAGUAAAAGGAAACAAAAACAAAAAAAAAAAGAAAACAGACAGGAAAAAAGAGCUAUAAAAUGAAAACCACGCGAAAAUCUAAUGUAAGCCGCGGUCCGUCGUUUCGUUAAUUUGUAUUGGCGCCUCGUGUCCGGCCCCGCCAGUCGUUUAAGUAAAACAAAAUUCGACGUUAUCCUUCAGUUCUGCUCCUGGUCGACGAGAACGCGUCGCCGAAUGACGUCUCUCUAUCAACUCGACGAUGUGCUCCGCGAGAGCUGCCAGCUUCGCUUUUCGCGAAGAAAUCGAUAUCAAUCGAGAUUAUUUCUCUCCUAUCGGAUUUAAGUGUACAAGCGCGUUAAUACGAUUAGGCAAGCACACACGUACACUGUGGCAGAUUGAUUAUAACAACGUUAAGUUUAAUAAGAGACAGAGAGUCUAUAUAAGCUGCCGUUUGGUUCCGCUCGGUGGAACCUCGAAGAUUUCGUGUCGCUGAGCGGAGCGGCUCGGGCUACAUUGUUGUCUGUUCUAUAUCGUGGCAGGAAUUAUACGAUACGGGCGAUGUCGACGACAAUUCGCAAGAAAAAAAAAAGAAAGAAAAAAAGAACUGCCAAGUUUAUUCCACUUCGUGUAAUAAUCCUAGUUAGUUAAAAUGGCGGCGUAAUCUGCAUCCAUCUCGGAUUUCUUCCCUCCGGAAACGAUCUCUACACGAACUCCGAUAUAUAUAUAUAUAUAUAUAUAUAUAUAUAUAUAUAUAUAUAUACACACACACACACACACACACACACACACACACACACACACACACACACACACACACACACACACAAACUCCACGAUGUCCUACAGUAAUUAUUACAAUAGCGAAAGUAUGAAAACGCGAAAACGCGCGACGACUGUAUAAUUAAACCGUAAAAUUCUAAUGGUUAACUGCCAUCUUACUAUAUAUACAAAAAAAAAAAAACGACCAACGACUGCGAAAAAAUUUACGAUCGACCAAAAUACCCCGCGAAUCCUUUUUCCCGGACUUUGUUAAAGAGUCUGGCGAGACUUGUUACAUGCAUAUCGAAGCGAGCAAUACGCAACUUCCAAGCGUUUCCUUUGUCUUCCAAUCAUUCACAAUCCGAUCGAGCAUUCAUUCAUUGCAUAAAAUAAACGACAAAAAGUACGCACACUUGUCGAGCUUCCACUUCUACGAAGAAUGUGUGUUUGAAGCGAAGGGAGGAAGUAAUAAACAAGUAACGCAAUAAAGCCAGCUCGUUCGUCGUUGUCGUCGGUGUCGUUUCAUCUUUACCUAACGAGAGACUGAGAAGCAUCGUAGUAGGUUUACAUGUGUCAUUUAUCGCACUUACAUGCGUAUUUAUAAUAUAAAUCUCGCGCAAAAGCCAAGAGAAAGAGUUAUACUAAUGUAAGAAAGAACUGUCAAACACAGGUGUGUCGAUAAAUGUCAAGCGUAAACCUAGCCUUAGUAGACGAGUUAUCUCGCACGUAGCGUUAAACGUAACAACCGAAAGCAUAAUGUCUGUAAACUGUCUAUUCACUAAUGUAUCCGCUGUACCUCGCUCAACACAAAUCGCCCGCAUCACAUUCGCGACAUCCGGACCCUCUCCCGUCAGACGAAAGAAGAAACGAAGAAGAGGAGGAAGAAAACGCAUAACGACGCGCGAUGCCAGCCUGCGUCGAUUAACGAUCGACGGACCCCAAUGAUGAUGAUGAUGAUGAUGAUGACGAUGUCAAAAAAAAUUAGAUUGAAAUACGCGAGGAGAGAGAAAGAGAAAGAGAAAAAGAGAGAGAGAGAGAGAGAGUGCGUGCUAUCGCCACCCAGCGUGAAACGCAGCCUCCGUGAUACUAUAUGUUGCCAUCGAAUCAGUUUGACCGACGCUUUAUCCCUCCCGCUGGUUGGUUGGGUCAUCGUUCACGCUCGAUGAUCUUUCCAGUCAGCCGUCAAGUCGUUUGCGCUCAUCCCCGUUAUUUCCGGUUGUCAUCCGGCGCGCGAGGUGGAGAAAAGCGAGAGGAGUCGCCCUGUUGAUGAUAUAUCGUCUAUCUUUACGACACACGAAAUGAUUUACCACGAAAUUCGUACUAUUGUGUUUUAGACGACUUUAGAUUGUUUAUAUUCUAUUUACUUUGUAAAAUAUACAACACUAAUUCCAUA